AUGGUCUUGCUAGGGUCCGGGGGCCACACCGGGGAAAUGAUCCGACUACUCCAGAAAGUGGAACUAAAGAAAUACAAACGUGUGUGGGUGACGUCUUCAGGGGAUCUAACGUCUGUUACCAAGGCUAAAGAUACAGAAGCAACCAUCUCCACUGGAACUGCCGAGUUUAUGGAGUUGCCACGCGCCAGGAAGGUCGGGGAGCCACUUGCUUCUUCUUUUGUAUCCACUAUCAUAUCCUUUUAUAAAACCGCCGUGUUGAUGGCGUGCCGUGUGAGGGCGGGUCAGAUGCCGUCGCUUCUUGUCCUCAAUGGCCCGGGGACCUGUGUGCCCUUGGCGUACAUUAUCUUUGGAAUGCACUUCUUGGGAAUGUGUCGUACACGGAUAGUCUAUGUCGAGAGUUUGGCGAGGGUCAAGAAGCUCAGUGUGAGUGGAUUGCUCAUUUUGCCAAUCGCUGACCGGUUCAUUGUUCAGUGGGGAGAGUUGCAGAAGGCGUACGGUGGACGGCUAGAGUAUUACGGGAUUCUUGUCUAG